AUGCUCAACACUACCCACCGUUGCUCUUUCACAAGCGUUGCGUGCUUGGCCCUCUCACUCACGCUUCUCUUGUUGAUGAUGCAUUCUUCCUCUCCAACAAUAGUGAAUGAUCAGCAAUUUGGAGAAAUGAUUUCUGUUCAAGACCGUAGCAGAUUUUAUUUCAAUGUCUUCCAAGACGAUGAUUUGUUACUCAUUUUCAAUGAAACACAUGCUGCAUCUGAUGAAUUUGCUCCUUUUAAAUUUACUGCUUUUGAAUUGAAUACUGAAAAGUAUGAUGCUUAUCCAUCUCCUCAAAAUUCACAAUAUCCCUCUCAGCAAUUAUUGGCCGUGUUUCAAAUUUUCCUUCAAAGUUUUGAUCCAGCCAACGAAAAUACAAUCCAGAGUGAGCAAAUCAAUGCUCAUCCAGUGAAUAUUGAAUUGAAGUGUUUAUACCGAAUCCAAGAAGGUCUUGUCAAUAUUUACAGAGAUUCUAUUCAAAUGGCUUAUUUCAAUGGCUCUCAAUUUGUUGAUACUUUCACACAUGACACUGAUCGACUCGAAUUUACAAAUUUACAAAUUGGCAAUGUGUUAACCUUUGGGUUAUUUGCAACUUCAUUUCAACCUCAAUUUGGUGAGAAUAUUUUGGUUCAAUAUCAAAGCAAAUUUAAAUUUUCUCUUCCUCCAUCCGAGUUGGCGCAAUCAUGGGAACUUGCAUUGCCAAGUAAUAACAUCAAUCCUUCUUAUUUUGCAUUACAAUUAGAGACACCGACUCUGGACAAAGUUCCACAAGGUUAUGUACUUGUUACAGCUGUGAAAUAUGUGCCUUCACAACCAUCUCCUAUUAUUGAUUUAUGGGAUUGGAGGUUUAAUUAUAACACUCAAUUAGGAUUUCAAGAUGUUUUGACCAAGAAGAUGGCAGCCAUUGAUCCUUCCACAUUAUCGUGUGCCUGUGGUCAGGAAGGUAAACCAAUCUCUGUUUCUACCACUGCAAUUACUUUAAGCAAUACUACUAUUUAUUGUUUGAUGGGAAAUUUAUGUCAAGUGAUAGCCAUUGUUGCCAAACCUUCAUCUGUUAAUGAUAUUUCGAUUGCUUCCUCACAACAAGAAAUGAAAGUUCAAGAUGGGUCUCUUUCAUAUUUAAAGGGAAUGAAUUAUUACAAGUUGAAAGUCGGUGCAAAAUCGAAUGUUGCAAUUUCCAUACAAUCCAAGUCCUCUCCUAAUGGAAAACUUUAUAUUCGAAAAGACGAGAUUCCAUCCCCCAACAGUGCAGAUGAUUUCCUUACUUUCAACAACAAUUUCCAAAAGUCACUUGUCAUUUCUAAUGAUCAGAACAAUGAGGUUGUGUAUUACGUUGCUGUGGAGCAUGUCGUAGAGUCCCCACAAGAUCAUUUUGACUACACCAUUGGAGCUUAUUCCAUCACAGGAAAUAGCAACAACUCUAAUGGACAAUUAAGCGAUGCUCAAAGUAUUGGAAUUGCUUUUGGAAUUACAGUGUGUUCCAUGCUGGUAGUUUUUGCUUUGGUGAUUGCACUUCUUGUUUAUUGUUUGAGAAGACCAAGAAAGAGUCAUUACAUUAACAUGUAG